AUGCGCACAGCAACUCGACUACUACUUUUUCUCGCGCUCGCCAAGACGAUAGCGGCCUAUUCAAAGUAUGCAGAACCGAUUGAAGUGGCACAGCCGAAUGCAAACGGCGUCUAUGAAUUCCAUCUGAUGGUGGAGAAGAAGCUGACGAUGAGCUACGGCGAGCCCCCAUUCGGACAUCGGACUCUUGUGGAUUAUGAUGUCGAUCAGCAAACGUGGUACGCCCGCGACCCAGACCAGCUGGUGGCUUGCGAUAAGCGGGACAAGAUGGAUUUGACGAAUAAUAAGACGGAUGCCUUCAUCGAAGACAUCCUUACCCUCGAUGGUCUUCAUUUCCGCGUCAUUUCUAUCAACGGCAAGAGCCCUGGCCCGCUUCUCGUCGUCCCCUUCGGCGCUGAGGUGCUCGUCAAGGUCAGCAACAUGCUGAUGCUCGACUCCUUUUCGAUCCAUUUCCACGGUAUCGACAAGCAGGGCCUCUGGUACGAGGACGGUGUCUCCUUCGUCCAGCAAUGCCCUAUCGCCACGAUGACAAACUAUCAAUACCGUUUCUUCGCCGACCGUGCCGGGACCCACUGGUACCACGGACAUUUGCAGUCGGAUCGUGGUGAUGGACUUGCCGGCGGCUUCGUCGUCCGGGAGCUCGACACAACGGUGCCAACGAUGGAUGGCGGAAGAGUGCAGCCGUCGCGGGAAUACUUCACUUUGCUUCAGGACUGGUCGAAUGAUGAUGCUGGCGAUACCUGGUUGGCGUUGAAGGAAAAGACGAUGAGAUGGAUGUACGGCAUGGAUCAGAUGGAAAAGUGCUGGGAGCCGACGAGGGUCCAUGAUGGAGGAAAUGUCGGCGGAGCCAUUCCAUUCUCCGCAAUCCUCUUCAACGACAAGGGGUGGCACGAUCAGACCGAUAUCCGGACCCGGCCCGAUAAGCUUCCGCUUGAGACCUACAGAAUUAAGCAGGGCGAGUCAAUUCUGAUGCGUAUCGUCAACGGUGGUCUUGCUCAGGAGCUGAUGAUCAGCAUCGAGGGUCACAAUCUAACGAUCGUCGCAGCCGAUGGAAAUGAAGUGAUCCCGAUGACUGUAAAUAACCUGAUCAUCUUCCCGGGAGAACGUUACGACAUCCUCAUCAAGGGCCACGAUAAGCCGGAAAAGAAGAACUUCUACGUGAUUGCGGAGACUGUACAAUACUACUUCUUCGACUGGUCCCACGUCGAGACGACGACAAUGGCGAGCCGAAUUUGCCUCGUCUCGGCCACCCGACCUGCUCGCAGGGCCAGCCCUGCACUGUCUUCAACUGCCCCUUCAAGCAGUACCCCCCCGAAUUUCCCCUUUGAGUGCAUUGCCGUGGACACGCUUGAGUCACCCUUCGAACUCCAGGACCCGGAAAUUCUCGCCGAAAAGAAGUUCGAUCAGGGAUAUGAGGAACACUUCAUCAACAUGCACUACGACAGCCACGUCAACGGCUACAAGUUCGAGUUCUCGCGCGGGAUGCCCUACUACUACGGCGACACGUUCAUGGACACGGUCGCCAAGGACUGCUCAAAGAUCGAUUGCCCGCGAAACCACUCGAAAUACGACGAAAAUUGCCGAUGUUUCUAUCAUCUCAAGCACAAGCUGGAUAAUAUUGUCCAGUUGACCAUCUACAACAUGGGACUUGGAGGCGGACACGGAUCUGGAUACGCCCACCCGCUACAUAUUCAUUCCACGCAUACGUAUCUAGUCAAGAUGGGCUGGCCCUCUUACAAUGGCACGGGGAUGAUCAGCGACAUGAACCAGGACCUGCCGUGUCCCAGCGCUGACGCAAUCUGUGAUGAUCUCCGGUGGACCGAUCAAGCCCAAUGGGGUGGCGCGCUAAAGGGAAUGAGAAAAAGACCCUCGUUGCGUGAUACAAUUCUGAUCCCAGUCGGAGGCUACGCGACGAUACGUUUCCGCGCCUCGAACCCGGGCUGGUGGGUGGCCCACUGCCAUCUGGAACUGCACAUGAUGGGAGGGGCGGCGUACGCGUUCAAAAUCGGAGAAGACCACGAAAUCCCAGCCCCGCCCGCCGAUUUCCCGCAUGAUUGCGGCAAUUUCGAGAGGAAAUCUCUCCCCGACGACGCCAAGCAGCGUAUGGACAAGCGCAUGGACGAGGAGAAGCACAAGAAGAGACGCGGCCAAUCGACAACGCAAAGACCACGACGCGCCAUCACCGCCACCCCACCACGACACCUGGCG